CCUGUUAUCUAUAUCGUUGUCUUGGUUAAUAAAAAAAGGGUUAAUCGCUUUCUUGUGAUCCAAGUCUGCAAAUCAAACUAAUUGAAGUUCUUAAUGUUGGGAUAACAAUCAGCAAUUCAGUGUAAAUUUGGGCCCAUCUUCAUUGAAAACAUAGUGCAAUUCAGGGCCGGGCUUAAAUCUCAGAAAGCCUAAAACUCCAAUCUUUUGGGAACAUCGGCCAGUAAUAUUUCUCUCACAAAAGUGGAUCGAAAUUAUUUUGAAGCCCGUGAAUUUCAUAAUUCAGACACGGGCCCAACUUACUGCAAUUAACAUAUACGGUUUAGACAAAGUGGAUAGAGUUAUUACCGUAUAUAUAUCUGCUUUUCCUUUUAUAAGUAGUUGCAAUGAAUUGAUUCUUUUAUUCUUUUGCCAUUUUUAAAGAUACUACUUCCUUUUAUAUAACUAGUAAGUAGCAAUGAAAUCGAUCAUUAAUCACACAUAAAAUCUGACGAACAAAAAAAACAAAUUAAAAAGUUGUUCUUCUGUCUUUUUAUCAAUUGGGAAUAUGCUUAACAAAGAAACAAAUCCGGAUAUCAAUCUUUUCAUUGACCCAAAUAUAUCACUGUAAUAAGAAAUACAAAUAUAUAAAGAUUAUUAUUAAUAUUGAACUAAAGAAAAAAGUUUUAUUACAUGAUCAUAAAAAAAUUAAAAUAUAUUAAAUCAACCCAAACAAAAAAUAACGGUUUUUAUUACAAACCGACUCGGACAAAAUUACAUAAGUUAAAAAUUUUUUAAUUAUUUUCGUUUAAUUCAUCAUCUCCGACGUAUUUCGAUUUUAGAUAUCGGUUACCGUUUUGACCUUAGUUUUAUUUAUUGUUUGAGGAUAAAAAAAAGUAAAGUUGCUUGAAUCGAAGAUUUUUUUUUAAUUGUCAUAAAUAAAAAGAAGAUAAUCUCGUCAUUACAACAUCGUCAACGAUAAGGAAUUUACUGAGUUUACCACAACGCGUCAUUACAGUUAACUUGCAAUUGGUAACCGUAACAGUGUGAACACUCGUGGACGACACAAGCUCCUUCCUCUCUCUCUCUCUCUCUCUCUCUAAACUCCAACUCGAAUCUGAACACAAAGUUAGUUUUUUUCCUUGAAACCCAGAUUCUCAAUUCCCUCCUUUAUUUCCGGACACAGCUAAAGUUUCCACCUUUUGUCGUUUUUCUUCUUCUCCAUUGGUCAUUGAUUUUCUCAAAGCGGUUUCUGCAAGUUUAGAUUACUAUUCAUCAAAGUGGAGAGAGGAUGGGUUGCUUCUCGUGCUUCGAUUCGAGUGACGACGAGACGCUGAAUCCAGCAGCUGAGGAAUCAUCCAAGACUCAGAAACAAUCACAGCCGACAGUUUCUAAUAGCUUGUCUGCACUACCUUCAGGUGGGGAGAAGCUUAACUCAAACUCAAAGAGCAAUGGAGGCGCCAAAACGGAGCUGCUUCUUCCAAGAGAUGGGCUUGGACAAAUCGCUGCUCACACAUUUACUUUCCGCGAGCUCGCUGCCGCUACUAUGAACUUUCAUCCGGAUACUUUCUUAGGAGAAGGUGGUUUCGGACGUGUCUACAAAGGAAGGCUUGACAGCACUGGUCAGGUUGUUGCUGUUAAACAGUUGGACAGGAACGGUCUACAAGGUAACAGAGAGUUUCUGGUAGAGGUUCUUAUGCUCAGCCUUCUUCAUCAUCCCAACUUAGUCAACCUCAUUGGUUACUGCGCUGAUGGAGAUCAACGCCUCUUGGUCUAUGAGUUUAUGUCCUUAGGAUCAUUGGAAGAUCACCUCCACGAUCUUCCACCGGAUAAGGAGGCUUUGGACUGGAACAUGAGAAUGAAGAUAGCUGCUGGUGCAGCCAAAGGAUUAGAGUUUCUACAUGAUAAGGCAAACCCUCCUGUUAUCUACAGAGAUUUCAAGUCUUCAAACAUUUUACUAGACGAGGGUUUCCACCCAAAGCUCUCUGACUUUGGACUUGCUAAACUCGGACCAACGGGAGACAAAUCUCAUGUCUCCACCAGAGUCAUGGGCACUUACGGUUACUGUGCUCCCGAGUACGCAAUGACCGGACAGUUAACAGUUAAAUCAGAUGUCUACAGUUUCGGUGUGGUGUUUCUUGAGCUCAUUACUGGUCGAAAAGCGAUAGAUACCGACAUGCCUCAUGGAGAGCAGAACCUAGUGGCUUGGGCUCGCCCGUUGUUUAAUGAUAGGAGAAAGUUUAUAAAACUGGCGGAUCCUAAGUUAAAAGGGAGGUUUCCAACGCGUGCGCUGUACCAAGCAUUAGCCGUGGCUUCAAUGUGCAUCCAAGGGGAGGCGGCUACACGUCCUCUCAUAGCAGAUGUGGUCACUGCGCUCUCGUAUCUUGCGAACCAAGGUUAUGAUCCAAACAAGAAUGAGAGAGGGGCGAGGUUGAUAACGAGGAACGAUGAAGGUGGUGGCUCGGGGAGUAAGUUUGAUUUAGAAGGUUCUGAGAAGGAAGAUUCGCCUAGAGAGACGGCUAGGAUGUUGAACCGAGAUAUCAAUAGGGAGCGUGCGGUUGCGGAAGCUAAAAUGUGGGGAGAGAGUUUGAGGGAGAAACGAAGACAGAGUGAGCAGGGGACUUCAGAGAGUAACAGUACCGGUUAAUACCGGUUUGGGUGGGUUUUGAACCCUUUUUUGUUCUUGUAUCACAAACUCUCAUUUGUUUUGAAACAUAGAAAAAAAAACACAUUAAAGAAAAAAAAAUCGAAAAUGAAAAAAUAAACAUUGGCAAAAA